ACUUCUCGACACAACAAGAUCUAAAAGAAACCAUAUUAUUAUUUUUCUCUCAAAUUAAUAGAAAUGGAGCGGAAGCAGAUCAAAGCUAUGUUCUUUAUCUUAACAAUGAUUAUGGCUUUGGUUUGUCAUCAUCAGUCAGAAGCUAUAUCAUUUGUUGGUCGUCUGAAAUGCGUGUUAGAUAUAAGGAGCGUCGAGGGCUGUGUGGAUGCCAUAAAGAAAGCUACAAAGGGAGACUCUCGUGGUUUGGAUAAGCAAUGCUGCGACGCCAUUAGUGGCCUCACCAAUGACUGUUUGCCGAUUAUCUUCUCCGGAGGCCCCGCCAUUGGCUUACUCGUUAAAGCUGCUUGCACUCAUAAAUUCGAUGACGUUAAUUAAUAAUUAUUGGAUCAUACGAGCCGAGGCAUGUACGACUCGAAACCAUAUAAUUGUAUUUGUAUCAUGCAUUGCUUUUUAUUUUUUUGAAAAGGAAAAAAGAAACAGAUA